AUGAAACGAUCAAAUUAUUCGAAAGAAAAUUUGCUAAAAGCUGUUGAAGAAUAUAAAAAUGGUGCUACAUCGACUGAUGUUUCAUCGAAAUACGGUGUUCCUGGAAGCACAGUGCGUAACCACAAUUACAAUUCACAAAUGAGAUUCGGAGGUGGUCGUCCAACUAUACUUACAAGUCAACAAGAACAAUACCUGGUCGAAUUAUUAAAAAAUCUUGAAUUUAUUGGUCUACGUUUAAUGAAAGUGGUUGUCAUGAAACUAGGAUCAGAAUAUGUGAAGCUUGUUACCGGAAAAUCUGUUGAACUUGGACGAAAAUGGCUUAAAUAUUUUUUAAAUCGGUGGAAGGGUGAACUGAAGGUGAUCAAAGAAAAAAAAAUUGAAGCAUCACGUCGGAACGGAUUUACUGAAGAUAUACGAUGUGGUUGGUUCGAAAAACUCGAACUUAUCCUUCGCACAAAUAAUUUAAUAGAACGACCACAUGCUAUUUAUAAUUGUGAUGAAAGUGGAUUCAGUGAUGAAACCGCUUGUGAAAUGGUUAUUGUUAGUCAUGAAACAAAACAAGCUUAUGAACAAUCUGGUGGUAGUGGAAAAAGUUUUACGACAAGUCUUAUAUGUGGAAAUGCAGCUGGGGAUAUACUACCUCCAUUUAUUAUAUACUCAGCAAAAAACUUGAAUCCCCAAUGGACUUUAGGUGGACCACCCGGUUCUUCAUUUGCUAUAUCUGAUUCUGGAUGGAUAACAAAACGCUUGUUUACUGAUUGGUUUAAAUCGUUCAUUGAACAUACAAAAAAUGUAUCUAAACCAGUGCUUUUAAUUAUGGAUAAUCAUUCUUGUCAUAUCAGUAUUGAAGUUAUUGAACUUGCAAAACAAAAUCAAAUACUUUUAUUGUUAUUACCACCAUGUUGCACUCACGCUUUGCAACCUCUCGAUACUGCCACGUUCAGUUCUGCAAAGCAAUCAUGGAAACGUAUUGUAACAACAUAUUUCUUACGUAGUGGUCGAAAAACGAUUCGGAAAAUCGAUCUACCUGCUUUAUUUAAAGAACUUUAUUCAUCCGCUUUUACACCGAAACAAGUUCUUGCUGGUUUUUCACGUGCAGGUGUAUGGCCAUUUGAUUCAAAUUCAAUGAAGGAGAAAGUAGCAAGACAACCGUUGGCAACAAAACAACUGAAUCAAUGUCCACAAACCACAAGUGACACUCCUAUUGCAGCACCAUCUAUUCAACCAUCAUCAUUUAAUAUGCACGAUCAAAAUAAAUCAACAACAUCAUUAGGUUUUAAUAAUAAUAGUGAAAAUGAAUUAAAUUAUGUUUUAAAUGAAAAUAUUUCGAUUUCAACACGUGCAGCAACACCAAAAAAGAAUCCAUUAAUUACAACAAAUCUUAAUGUAUUUCAUUCACUCGAUCAAACAAUUAACACCAAUCGAUUACAAAGAACAAACCAAAAUUCUAAUACAUGUUCGUCGUUUGAAAAUCCAUAUGAUUCACUAAGAUUUCCAUUAUUCAUUUCGAAUACAAUUUUGGAUUCCAUUUCAUUCAAUACUUUGGAUUUACCAACGGAUGAAUUUAAUAAUACAAUAAUACCUAUUGACACAAACUCCUCGUUCAUGCAAAUACCUCAAUCAAUCAACAGUUUUAAUGGAAUAUCUUUAAAUGAUGUUGAUUGGAUUGAAGAAGAUGAUGGCCAACAAAUUCUUGGAUUUGAUCCAAGUACUUUGCCAACGACAGAUGGUCGAAAUUCUGGCGAUUCGAAUGGAUACCAAGUACAACAAACGUCGAUAUUUAAUUUCGAAAAAGAUAAUGAAGAAAAACGAAUAUAUACCGAGUUAACAAACGUUGACACAUCAAGUUUUGUUCCUUCAUUGCAUAGGGUACAAUCUGCUCAGCUUGAUCUUAACCAACAAAUAGCUGAUCCAGUAACAUCGAUUCAAUUAAGUCCAUCAAGUGCUGUACGUUCAAUAGUUACUGAUUUACUGCAACAACAUGUUUCUCCUCCAACAUUACCAUCGAAAACAAAUAAACGUACUAGAAAAGAAGGACAAUAUGGAGAAGAGAUCACUUCGAGCAAUAGAUUGAACGAAUUAAAAGAAAAAGUAUCCUUAUCAAGUACAAAAAAACAAAUAACAACAACAACAACAACAAAAAGACGUAGAUUGUCAAAGCAAACAAGUGAAGCUAUUACUUUAUCUCAAACAACACGUGCCUUAUCUACUCUUCAAACGUUAUCUUCAAGCAAUACAACUCGUGAUCAAAAUGCUAUUGGUUCAACAGCUCAAUAG